AUGGAGGAGGUUUUUGCCCGUAAGCACCUGAAGUUUGUUACCGGUUUGGGUCCCCGCACUGGUGGUUCUGUGAAUAAUGAGGUUCACGCACGAAAGUACUUGCGUUUAGAAAUUGAGAAGAUUGUUCGCUUAGCCGAGACUUCGGGGCUUGUUGCGAAAUUCGAGGAGCAGAUCUCUCGCCCAUCAUAUUUUCAAACUCAUGCGCACAUAACUUCCUACGCCAAUAUUCCCAAUUUGAUUCUUCGGUUGCACGAUCCACGUGUGAAACGAACGUCACCCGCCCGUUCAAUUCUUGUGAACUGCCAUUAUGACACAGUUUCUCAGAGUCCAGGCGCAUCAGAUGCGUUUGUCGGCUGUGCAAAUUCCCUUGAAGCAUCCCGUGUUCUUGCUCAUGGCCUUCAUAAUUUAAAUAAUGAUAUCAUAUUUCUAUUUAACGGUGCUGAAGAAAAUAUUCUGCCGGCGAGCCAUGCAUUCGUCACUCAACAUCCUUGGGCUGCUGAUGUGGUCGUUUUCAUCAACUUGGAAGGCGCCGGCGCUGGCGGCAAACUACUGGUAUUCCAGAGUGGUCCCGGACCAGCUAGUUCGGCUUUAAUUAAGUUGUACUCAUCUUCUGCGCGUUACCCCUUUGCCUCUGUAGUCGGAGAAGAGUUGUUCCGCUUUGGACUCAUUCCUUCGGACACAGAUUUCCGGAUAUUUCGUGAUUAUGGGUCCCUCCCUGGCUUGGACUUAGCUUACAUUGGUAACGGCUAUGCUUAUCACACCUGUUACGAUACGGAAGAACGCAUUUCAACGUCGUGCCUCCAAUUGGCUGGGGAUAAUCUUCUGCAGCUUUUGAAGUUAAUGGUUCAAGACCCCACCAUUGAUUAUAUCGACAAGCUUGGCUACACAAAAAAGGCGCACCCCCGAAAGGAAAUUUUUUCGCCUGAAAAAGCAUCCGGGAGUAUCCAUUAUUUUUCCAAUUCCCCGAGUUACUCGAAUUUUUCCCGGCUUGUCUACUUCGACGUGCUGGGAUACUUUGUCUUCAAAUAUCCUUGGGAUUUCGGUCGGAUUUUGCACUGGGGCGUUGUUUUUGCAACCACAUUGUGGUUCUUUGCAUUACAAAAGCGUGUUGGUGGUACUUACGCGGGGCUUUUGUUAGCCACCUUAAUUCAAACCAUAUUUUUUGUUAGCGGCCACCUUUUUGCACUAUUUGUCGGCUAUGUAAUUCACACCUAUGGAUGUCGGAUGUCAUGGUACACCAACCGAUGCAAUAUUUUCGGCAUUUAUCUCUUACCAAUCAUAACUUACUUCUUCUUCUUUCACUCAGUGUUUUUUAGAAUUCCAAGUGGUCCACUUUGGUGUUUAUUCCCGCUCAAAUCUUUGUUUCUUCGUAGUGGCUGGUCGGAUUCGACAAGUAUAAAAGCCCGAUUGGUCGAGAAUGACUUUUUUAAAGGCACUGUCCUCACAAUCAAUGUCAUAACGGUACUUUCGUUAUUAUACGAUAGCCCUGCUUCCUACUUUACCAUACUUUGGUGUGCGUUCACCAUAACUUCUCGUUUCGUAUACUUCCUGAUCUUCGGCGAUUCUGGUAGCCAUUACUUUGCGAAACUUCUUAUUUUGCUUUUACCUCCUUUGAUGGUCUUCCAUGCAUCGUCGGUUUUCACGCUUUUUGAGGUCUUUAUCCCAAUUAUGGGACGUUCUGGGCAAGUGGCGCAGCCGGACGUAAUCAUGUCUGGUUUAAUCGCCUUCUCAUCACUGCCUGUCUUAUUGUAUUGUGCAGACGUGGUUCAUUUAACUCCCCCUAAUGUUUCCCGUGUUCUGCGCCAGCUACUCACUAACCUGUGCAUCACUUUUAUCGUGCUCGUACACACGUCGUCUUUGGGGUUCCCCUACGCCGUUCUUCCUAGCACCGACCAGCACUUAGUGCCUCCUAGCCUUCAGCGCGUUGCCGUCAUUCACGCUAAUCGUCAGUUCCGUGAGAACAUCUCCCAUCCAGGUAUCUCAAGCAAAGACUCGGGCGUCUUCGUCUUCCCCCUGGAUGCAAAUCGCUUCCAUUACUACCACCACCCACCCUCGUCGAGUCCGAACCCGUUGCUGUUGAAACUGCGCCGCUAUCUGUCCCCUGGACCAACAGAGCCAUUCUACUUCCCCGAGCUCCAACAACUGGAGCCAUAUACGUAUCGACGAGACCUACCGUAUUGCGGUGUUCCACUGCUAUAUCCUCUGUUGAACGUCUUUGACACGAUGUAUUACCUCCCAGCGCCCAGGCACAAGUCUCCGUCAGCAACGCUUAGCAUUAUCGAGCAGCACUUUGAAGUGGUUGCAGAUCGCGCGUCGGUUAACCUCACAUUCUCCGUCGAUUCUUCGGCACCUCUCACGCAGUUGUAUUUGCGAACUUCGCCCCAAUUUGUACAGCUGGAGAGCUGGUCAUUUGCUCCCGAUGGCAGCUGGCCAACGCCCGUGCCUGUUCCCAAACGCACCUCUUUCGAAGACCCUAAUGCACCGAGGUCAGCGCACUUUUAUGUGAAUCACAUAGAUCCCUCUGCAGCCACCACGAAAUCCGGUCGAUGGCCACAGCCAUGGGUUUUUUGGUUGCAGUUCACAGUCCUCUCCACUGCCCCUGAUGACCGUCUAACUGAGUGCAGCAACUGUGUCGACAUCGCCGUGGUUAGUCAGUACCUGGAUGACCGUGUGCCGAAUGGCGUUUCUGAGCAAAUGAGUCACACCAUCCUCUUGCUGCAGUACCAGGCGAAGAAACCCGACACCCGUGUUUGGACCGACUUCGAGACUGUAAACCAAUGCCUGGAGGGGGUUUGCAAGAUCUUCGAAGAGCAGCUGAAGCAGCAGAACCCCUCGGCUCCCACCAUCACCUACGAUAUCGCUCAGCUAUUCAAGUUUAUCGACAAGCUGGCCGACUUGAGCUGCCUUGAGUUCCAUGCCCCAACAGGCACGUAUGUUCCUCACACGAAGGACUGGAUAAAGGAGAAUAUUUACGCACUUUUGCGUAACCAGGCGGGACACUUCAAGAGCUAUCUGAGGGAAGAGGUGCUGCAAUCGUCUCGCCGUCGAAAUGAGGUCAACAGCGUGCAAGAGCAGAUCUCCGGACCCUUCCGCAACCGUGUCUGGAAGUUUCUCUCGAUACCGCAGUACUUCGAGUCGUUCAUGUUCUACGGUCUGCUGCAGUGCCUUGACCAUAUCCUCAUGGUGUACACCUUUUUGCCACUGCGGUGCAUCGUAACCCUCUUCUCCCUCCUCACCUCCUCUGCAUUCAGUCUUGUUGGUCUGUGCAUACCGUCUCUUGGACGAAGGGAAUUAACGCUGUAUGCCACGGAUGCCAAAGAAUUGGUAAAGUUCUCGUUCGUCUGUAUCUGCACUCUGUUCCUCUACACAUUCGACAGCUCCAUCGCCUAUCACGAGAUCAGAACGCAGUCAGUUAUCAAGAUUUACAUAUUCUUCAAUUUACUCGAGGUAAGGUAG